CAAUAAAUGGAAAUAUUUAAUCUAUAUAUUCAUUUAUUUAUUUUUCUCCAUCAAAUUUAACACAAUCCGUAUAUCUUAAUUUCAUAAUUUUUCGUGAUUUUGUUAAUAAUAAUAUCUUUAUACAUCAAACAUAUACUUAUAUACAUGUUUAUCAGGUAUGUAUAUAAUAUGUUAUAUGCAUAAAUUUUAUAUUUACAUAAAUGACGUACAAAUCAUAUUGUUGAAACUUACACCGAAAAGAUAUUCUUGAGAUUGUCGAAUAGCUAAAGAGGAUAUUACAAUAAAAAAAAAUAAUAAAUUAUCCAUUGAUUUUUUAUCUUUUAACCCCUAUAUACUUUGAAAAUUCAAUUUCACGUUAUUGUAUCGAUAUCGACUUUGAUUUUCGUCCCAUUUCAUCAUUGACGAUCUUCGUGAUAGUAAUCUGCGAUAUUUUUCAGACAUGUAUAAGGAAAAUUUGCAAGUAAAAGUUUACAAAAAACUUUCCAACGUUCGUUGAUUCACCUUGAUUAAAUUAAAGAUGAGUAUUCUUCGAAAUUCAUAUUGAAAUCGAUUUUAUUUAAAUUAUGGUAUAGGCAAAGUACCAUUCUUUUUCGAUUUUUAAUCAUGAAUUGGUUAACUUAAAAAACGUAGACAGCUUAUCACAGAGAAAUACUAUAUAUAUGUGUAUAUAUAUAUAUAUAGUAAAUAUCUUUUACGAAAAUAAGAUAAAAAUUGUUUUUCCAAGUAAUAAGGUAAAUCCAAAAACAUGACGGAUACAGAGAAGAAAGUGGGCAUCGCAGUUCCAGGUACAUCUGGCGAGGGUGAUGCCCAACCGAGGAAGAAGAAACGAUUGGGAUACGAAUUGGGGAAACGAUGGCAUCGAUUCCGCGUUUUAACACCGAAUUCGGCCAUUCUUCGGGGCUCGUACGCGAUGACCGACAAACACUUCAAGUACAGAAGUCGUGGCCGGCAAGCGGCCCCUGCAUCGAUCGUGGCCAUCGUCUAUGGCCGUCUCUUUGAGCCGAAGGAAUGGGUGAAGGAAUACGUGGAUCAGAUAUUGGAAUACGGGGACAAAGUGUUCCGCACAAGCGUGACGAGGAAUCAAGUGAAAGAGAACGAGUACAUGAAGAGCAGCCUGGUCCAUCCGGAAUUCUACAUCGCCAAUUACAAAAUUUUAGUCUGCGUCGAGGAAACGGGUAUCUACGGGAAUCUGUUCAGCGAGACGAUCGGUUGCCCCGAUUUCGCGGACGGGUUGCAAAAAUUCUUCAAGAACAACGAUGCCGGGGUGAUCACAGCCCAAGGGACUUCGAUGGCUAUGUGGCGACACCCUGAAAUCGGUUUCCUCUUCUUCGAUCCUGCGCCCUGCGACGAGGAGGGUAUCCACCAUCCGGAUGGCGUUGCCUGCGUGAUGAGGUUCAAAUGUUUGAACGACGUCCGGGACCAUUUUCUCAAGAACAUGGACCCCAAAUACGAUUCCAGAUAUUGCAUCGACAAGGUGACGGUGUUGAGGGUGAACGAGGUGGGUCGCGGAUACUUCGAUCGUCUGCCGAGUCCAACCCGGUUGCACGUGGACAGAACCGUGCUCAGAUCCAUCAACCCCGUCGACAUCGAUGAGAACAAGAUGGAUUGUACGAAACCGGUGCCGAAGGGGGACAAGAUAAAAACGAUCACGCAGGCGAAGAUCCACAAGGAACCGUUGGCGAUCACAAUCUCGAAUUUCAGCAUCGACAAACGUUUCGCGACCGAUCCUCUCGUCGAUCAGAACAAAUUCGACACUGGUUACACGUACGAGGAUAUGCACGUGAACGUGCCGUCCACGUUCAGGGAGCUUCCCGGCAACAUGGCGAUCCUUCACGGUUUGACCCACGAGCACAGCGAGAUGUACAAGGGGAAGGGGGCGCAAAAUGUCGCUAAUUGCGUGAUGGCAAUCGUGAUGAAGAAGGUCCACCCGGUGAAAACUUGGCUGAGGCCGAAAUUGGACGAGAUAUUGGCGUUGGGGGAUGCCGUGUACGCCGAGGUGAAGUCGGCCAAGCCGAUGAUGAAGAACAUGACCGCCCCCGAUUUGAACGACACGAAAAUCGACGUGGAGGGAAGGAAGAUAGUUAUCGACGUGGAUCUGAUCACGGUAACCGGCACCCUCACCUCCAAAAUUCCAACGGUAUUGAAUCUGAAACAAGCGUUGGAAGAAUUCUUUCUGGUCAACACCGAGGGAGUGAUCGAGUCCUCCUCCAUGUCCGUCGCUAUAUGGAGCCAGGACGAUUAUUUCUACAUGUUCGAUCCACGCCAGUGCGAUUCCAUAGGUACCAGGAUACGUGAGGAGAAGGCGGCAAGAGGCGCAAAGGCGGAAGAUUCUGAGAGGAAGAAGGGGAAUUGUUGCGUGAUAAGAUUCCCGACCACUGACGCGUUGGCUGCCUUAUUCGUGAAAAACGUGGAACAGCAAAAGAAGAACGAUCGUUUCACCAUCAGGCACAUCACGAUCCCGGACGAUAUCCCCGGGACAAGGGCGUGGUACGAUUUUCAGCCUGGAACCGCGGGUGAAACGUGGGUUCUUCAAGGGACCAUAUCGAACGAGGACGAGGAAUUCGAGGACGAGAGCAGGGGUAUUCAGGGAUUGGCCAUGCCGGUGAUAGCGCUCAUCAGUGCGAAAGAAACGCCCCCUCAAAAAUGGAUCAACGACACCGUCGACACGAUAGUUCGAGAAGGGGACGUCUACUACAAUUGGUGCAAUCCGAUCGUAGAGGUGGGCGAGGACGUGGAGAGAUAUUUCUUCGUAUCGAACUUGAAGAAGAACCUGUACUUUAAACACAGGAAGGUGAAGAUCGACGUGGAGGAGGGGACCAUCACCGGGGAUUUGACUUCGCCCCCUAACAGCGACGUCCCAAACUUGAAUGAUGGUUUGAAACGUUUCUUCGAGGAGCACGUUUACGGUAUCGUGGAUGUGAAGAACCUUGCGGUGGCUGUGUGGAAAGUCGACGAGGAGGUGAAACAGAAGGACGAAAUUGUAAUUCAAACGGUGUAUUAUUGCUUCGAUCCUAAUCCCCGGAACAGGCAGGGGCUUUGGUCGGUGGAAGAGGAAGAAGAGGUGGAAAACGCGGCCUGUGUCAUCAGGACAUUCGAUCUGUCCGUUCUUGCGAAGAUAAUCGAGACGAAUGCCGGCCAGGAUCCGGAGACGAGCAACGAGUUCUCGAUCCAUAACAUGAAAGUGGUCUCGAUCGGUUCCGAGAUGACCGAAGAGGAGAUCGAGGCGGACAAGCAAAUCCCCGUGAAGCCGGACUUGAACAAUUACCUCAACAUGGGCGACACCGGUGCCAUAUUAUUGGGAAGCUUCAACCAGGCCAACGAGGUGAUAUUCAAGAGGCACAGCAGGGACAAGCAGCAAUCCGGAAGCGCUUUGGCGACAUUGGGCAUGACCAAACUCUACAACCCCCACUUGUGGUACAGGGAGGUGGUCGACGAUAUACUUAAGAUAGGCGACAAAAUAACCAUGGACAAUUUGGAGAAUCUUCCCGAGGAGGAGGAGGAAUCCCCUAGGACGUAUCUUCUUCCAAGCGAAAUCAGCGAGGAUUUCGCGGUCGGGGUGAAUCGAAUGUACGUAACCCUCGAGGAGGAGGCGACGUCCGGGAAGACGGUCGAUUUGCCAACGGCGUUGGAAACGUUUUUCGAGACCAAUUCCAUGGGUAUAUUCAGACAGAAUCACGUGAUAAUGCCUUUCUGGAGAGAGGGCGAGGCGUUCUUCACGAUGGAUCCGAAGGGUAGGGAUACGAGGGGAGAGCCGAGGGAGAAAGACGGCGCGGCCGCCGUGAUGUGGUUCACCGACAUUCCGUCAUUGGCCUCCGCUAUUCAAGCAGCUGCCACGGGCGAGGAUUACGUGAUCGACGUUGUCACCAUGGACAACGCGUACGAGACGAGGGUGGCCGAGGAGGAACGGCCGGCGAAGCCCAGUUCCGGGGACAGCCUCUGGUAUCACUUCCCCAAGAUGACCGAAGGGGUGUGGAGCAUCGACGGGACGAUCGCCAUGGACGACGUGAAAUUCGAGAAAGCGAAUCGUAACAAUCAAACUGCCGCCAUUGCCGUGAUGGCAAUAGUGUUCGCUAAGGUGUACGAGCCGAGGUAUUGGACCCAGGCUGUGCUCGACGAGGUGAUAGUGACCGGUGACAAACUGCACUCGAAGUGCGUGGAGAGGCUCGGUCAAGGUGCCGUGCUCAGGAUAAACGACAUCAUGACGGAAUUCUUUCUCUCGAGUCGUCGGAUCAACUUGAGCAUCAAGGACUGCGUGGAGGCAGGAAGCCUGACAGCCAAACCGCCCAAGGUUCAGGAUCUGAGGACGGGUAUAAUCAACUUCUUCUCGAGGUACAAUUCGGGUGCGUUGACCGUCGCCAAGAACAGGAACAUAGCUAUCUGGAAGUCGUUUAACGAUUACUACGCUUUGAUCCCCGAUUGGGUAACCACGUCCGACGACGUGAAGGUAGUGAAGCCGAAGGUGUUGCGUUUCAUCAACAUCGCGACCUUCAUCGAUUACCUUAAAAAUUUCCUCGGCACCGAAGGGGAUUACGAGAUGAUCGCUAUCGACGUGGUCAACUGGAACAAGCUACCCCCGUGGAAGUUCGACCCGAGUUCGGCCGUCCGCCCCUCCAACUUGCCUCCCUUGAACGCGUACAGGAGGGUGCGGGGCGAGGCGAGGGCGAUUUUAAGGGGCAGCUACCACCAGGGUGACGAGAUAUUCCCGGAACAGUUACGAAACAAGCAAGGCGCGGCGAAUUGCGUGGUAGCCCUGGGCAUGUCCGUGGUGAAGAACCCGGUCACCUGGACGAAGAAGACCAUGGACGAGAUUCUCGCGAUAGGCAUCAACGUCCACAGGGAGACGCAAAAGGCGAAGCCGACUCUGGUUCAUGUCAAGCCGAAAGACAUCAUCAGGGUGUUCUACGUGGGUGUCAAUAUCCUGACGGCCGAUAUAGAGACGGCCACGGUGGCCGGCAUAGUGGCGAUGCCGCCCCCGGAUCCCGAGGACAAGAAGAAGGUGAGGAAGCCGACGAAGCGGACGGUGGACAGGGCGAGGAGGGCCAGGACGAGGAGGGUUCUCAGGGUUCGCGCCCCGCCGCCGCCGCCCAUCCUCCUCGAGCAGGGCGUUCCGCAGUUCUUCGAGAAGAAUCGGGCCGGGAUCUUGGUCACCGAUCGGGGAGCAGUCGCCAUCUGGAAGGACAUGGGCGUCUACUUCAUGUACGAUCCCCGCGCGCGAAGCGACCAAGGCUUGCCCGACUUCUACGGCACGUCUUGCGUCAUGUGGUUCGCCUGCCUCGAACCCCUGUACGAGGUUAUGUACGCGAACAUAGACGAGCAGGACAGGUACGGCCGCUACGAGAUCUGCAGAGUCAUCAUCAAGACCGCCAUGAUCGAGCCCCUGCCCUGUCCAGCCGGUUUCAGAUCCUACUUCGAUUGCACGACCCCCCUGAUCCCGGUAAUGUCCAUGAAGAGGAACACCACGUUGGACGUGGAGACGGUCACCGAUUACAAUAUCGUGGACGAGGAGCUUAGCAUACUUCGUGGGACCCUGCACAUGCAUCAUCGUAUCUGGCGCGCGGAAACCAGAGGUUUCCAGAGCACGGCGAUCGCGGCUGUUGGCAUAGUGGUCGGCCUUCUCCACGUGCCUUCCACCUGGACACCCGAAUUGAUCGACGCCAUCCUCAGAUACGGGGAUUUCUUGCACUCGGACAGCGUACGAGCGACCCGCCCCGGGAACAGGAAUUUGUCGCCCAGCGAGUUGUUAACCGUUUUCAUCGUUGGCGAUUUCAGGGCCACUAUACACGUUCACAAUCACACGACGGCCGGUCUGCUUCACGCGUUCGAUUUGUCGGAAUCGUUGACCAUGUUCUUCCGCUCGAACUGCGCCGGGAUUCUUCACACAACGAACAUGGCGGUCGCCGUGAUGCAGCAUUACGGGAAAUUUUAUCUGUUCGAUCCCUGCGCGAGGGACGAUCAAGGAAGGCCCAGCUUCGACGGCGCGGCCUGUGUCAUGAAGUGCGAGAACAUCAUGAAAAUGGCCAAGAUGUUCGUUACUAAUUGCAACCUAAAGACGCCGAACGUGUACACGUUGAACGCCGUGAACGUGUUGAGCUUGUACUUUUUCUCGGACGCGAAGACCGGUUGUCCGCCGAAAUGCAUACAAUAAAGAUUAUCUAUUCUUUUUUUUUGUUUUUUUUUUUCUUCUUAGAUUUGAUAGAAAAGAAGAAAAAAAAAAUUUCACGUUAUAUAUUAUAAAGUUUUUCAACGUUACUUCGAAUUACGUACACGAAACGAAAAUACGUUUGAGAUAUACAUGUAUAUGUAUAUUUCGUUGUAUAUAUGUAUAGAUUAAAUUUAUAUUGUGUUCGAUUGAUUUUGAGUUGACAACAAUAGUGAUGAUGAGUUGGGUCGGUUGAGUAUAUUAAAGAAAAGACAAACAUUCUCACAAGACUAGUAUUUUUUAUUUUUUAAAUUUUCAUUUCUCUCAGUUUCUUACUCUCUCUCUCUCUCUCUCUCUCUCUCUCCUGAAUUUCCCACCAAUCGUUUCUGUUAUAAUGUAUAAUCAGAGAAAAAAGUAUGUACUCUGAUCGCAGCAUGGAAACUGUCGACUUACGCGAUUUCCAAGAGAUGGGGGAUCGAUCUCCCUACGAUCGUAGCGAAAAAUUUAAACCGUUCAAAGAUUAACGAAUGAAAACGAGUCUGUUAGUUAAAACGUUAGAAAGAAACGUUUGUUCCGUGUAAUAAUCGAUCAUUUCUAUUACGAACGGCCGUAUUGAUUUCAAAGAAGAACGGGCAAGCAGAGGUGUGAAACAAGUCAAUGAAUCGACGCGGUCGACAACAUUCUCAAAUUGCUAAUUUUAUUUAUAGGUUUCUUUAUGACACAAAUCACUUUUAGCAUCUACAAUGAGUAGGAGUACAGGCUAUACGAGAAUGAAUUUGAUACAGAUCACUUAUUUAAGUGUAAAUACAAUGUAUCCUCUUCAAUUACACGCUAUAUAAACUAGAUACUUAGAAAACACUGUACAACGCAGCUUGAGAAACUGUCGGUGAUACUUUACAAUAUGUUACAAGCACUCCUUGAAGCGAGACGAGCCUAACCGCGGCGGGAUCUCUCCUCUCACCUUUCUCUUCUCUUCUCUCGUUGAAAGCUCGAAGAAAAAGCACGGUUCGUGAUCGGCCACGGCCAGGGCGUUCCUCUACGUACUGACGUCUCACGCGGUCUGUAGGCCGUGUUUACAAGCGGAUCCCGGAAGCUAUUCCCCGCGAUUGUUCUUUCAAAAGAAGUUUGCUCUCGUUCCAAUCGUAAGAACAAAGGCGUAUCCUAUCCCUUUUCCUUCCCUUACUUUUUCUUAUUAAAAAGUAUCGAGAAUAGGGAAUAGCUUCCUCGUCCUCCUUGACCACUCGUGGGGGGAGGGCCACGACGGACCCUCGUGACGUCGUCUCGUUCCUCGCAAAGUGAAUUAACUUUGCCGAGUGUCGCGGGCAGAACGAACGAACGAACGAACGAACGAGCUGACUCGGUGAAAAAGGAAAAGAAAGAAUCGUCGUCCCGACUCCCGAAAAGUCGAAGAAUCCGUUUUCGCAUAUCAAGAAUAAAACUUGAAUCUUGGAAUCGUAUACAGUGUAUCGUAUAUGUACAGUGAUCCUUUUCGAAGAUUUAAGAUAUAUAUCACCAGGGAAGAAUCACGUUACACGGGAGAACGAAUCGAACGAAUUCUCGAGCGAUUGGAACGGUAGUCGGGACGACUAUGCUUGCUCGUGGGAUAAUUUUUUCUCUCUCUCUCUCUCUAACAAACCACGCGCGGAGGAAAUGCGUUUAAAUGCUCGUUCGUAUGUCUAUUCUCGUAUCAGAGUCGAGCAUCGCCCGUCUCGUCGUACGUAUUCUCUGCCCCCGCAACUCGGCCAUACACAAGUCAUCGUAUCGCAUGCACACGCGCACGCACUCACGCACGCGAUACACACACACAUGCAUACACACAUACGUACACAUACACUCACGGAAUAAUACAUCGCACGGCUUAACGAGUCUUUGUGGCUAACGUCUGUCAGUACAAUCGGUGGUAGUGUCCUCCUUCUCUCUCGCUCGCUCGCUCAUUAUCUUUCUCUCUUUUUCUCGCGCUCGUUCCGUGAACCGCUGGUCGUCCUUGCCCGCUCGUUUGACGCCUCGAUCGGCUCUCGAUCCGAUACGAUUCUCAUUGUUGUUCUUUAACUUUCGCUUUUCACAUUCUCUCUCUCGCACGUGUGUGAUUUCUGUUUUUUUAUUAUUGAAGAUCUUCGAGAUGAAAAUCGAGAUUUUUGGAAAUAUUAGAAAUCUUUUUAGAAAUUUUUAGUGAAAUUUUUGGAGAGGAAUUAUUGAAAUUCUGGAUAAAAAAAAAAGGAAUAUCGAAAGUGGUAAAAAUUUUUGAAAAUUAGGAUAGAUUAAGUACUGGUUGAUUCAUUUGGUAAUGAGAGUUUUAAAUCCUUUGCGAUCGAGAUAUGUGGCAAAGUACAUACGCUGUUGACAAUAGAAUAUAAUACAAUCGUGCUUUAUCUGAACUCCAUUUAUUUGAACGAAAUUUCAGUUAGUCCACGAUUGAUUGAACUUUUGCCAAUUGAAUCCAUUAUUUGUAUGAAUGUGAAUUUCUAUUAUUUGAACGAGAAAUCGCAUUUAUUUUAUUUAAAUAAAAUAAAUUCAAAUAAAAUAAUACGAUUUAAUUCGACCAAAUUUUCAUGCAAUAAUUGAUCCAAUUUUACGUGAAAUUAUUUGACUCGAAAAAUAAAAAAUUAUAAAGAAAUUAUAAUAAAGAUAUUUCGAAAAAAUUAAAAAUUGAUUUCAUCGCUAUGCAAUUUUGCAACCAAUCAUCCAUGCCACAAGUCGUUACGACCGCAAAAGGGUUAAAUAACAAGCAUAGUCGAAGAUAUAAAAAGAUUCCUCGUCCAAGUGCAAUUCUUGGCAAAAAGUAUUCCACCAUCCUUUAAAACAUAAUAACUAUUUUUAAAAUCGAACCGAACCACUUGAAUCGUCUCGACAAGUUUAUUAUUACAGAUAACGCGUAAAAACAAAAUUCAACUUGAAAAAAAUGAGAACUUUGUUAUUUCAUUCAAAAAAUUUAUAUCGCUUAUAUACUGAAAUCGAAAUCGAAAUCGUAAUGUAAACUUAUCUAUAAACUCUGUAAAGGAUGCUCGAACACUUUCUGUCAGCAUGUUGAACCUGGACUCGGCCCCUACUUAGACCAAGACGUUUAUUGGUUUAUCGAGGAUAAACCGUUCGUUGGAUCUCGAAGAACCUUUGGGAUUCGUGACGUUAGAAUGCGAGGAUCGCGUGCAAUCGCGAUCGAGAGGGAACGAGGCAAUGAAGGGAGAGAAGAAAACCGGUGGCCGAGGUAAAAACGCGGCAAAAGAAGCGGAGAGGCGUGCCGGGCCCGUGGUGGGUACGCACAAAUAAUCGUUCGUUACACUGACUGACAGAGGCUUUUCUUCUUCUGUUCGAAACGGAUCGAUAAUUGUAAAAAAGUAUCGUAUUAUCGUUAAUAUUGGCAUGAUGUCGUUAUGGCACGUUUAUCGGUCGACGCGUGUUACAAGCUUUUUAAAUCUUACGCUGUACAGGCGGUCAUUGUGGUCGCUUCAGUCAGGGUUAUCGAGAAGAAAUAAUAAAACGUGGAAAUGGAGACUCGGAAGAAAAUAAUGGAAAAAUAAUGGAAAAGGAAGAAAGAGAGAGAAAGAGAGAGAGAGAGAGAGAGAGAGAGAAAAUACAUGUAAAUUGGCGAAAAGAAAAGAAAGAAAGAAAAAUAUUUCUUUUAGUUUUGCGCACAUGUACACACACAUACAUACACAGUUUCAUUCCCUCUCCUUUUUCUUAUUUUUUUUUUCCUCAUACAGAUUCGCGUGACUUCGACACGACUUCGCAUCUCUUUUGCUAUUUUUUUCUUUUUUCGUUUCUUUUUCCUCGUCCACGUCUUCUUCCUGUUUUUCUUCUUCCUUUUCCUUUUUUUUUCUCUCUUUUCUUCUUUUUCUUCUUCGUCACAGUUCCUCCAUUGCACUUUCCCAUUCGACGCAACAAAUGCAACUUUUUUUAAAAAAAAAAAAAAAACGUAUCUCUAUCUUAUGUACAUAAAAGGUGAUUCGCUAAUGAAAACGCGGGGGGAGAAAGAAAAAAAAAAAAAAAAGGAAAAAAAGAAAACGCAAAACGUUCGAUAAUGAAAAAUUUUUCUCGCAAAAUCGUUUUCGUUUCUUUCUUCGUUUCCUUUUUUUCGCUCUCGCGUUCCUUCGCUUCCGAUUUCUUCUACCUAAAUUCUUUCUUCGACGGGAAGCUUUCUAGGGAAAGAGAGAGAUUGCACCGAGGAUUCACGCUACGAAUAUGCGUAGAAACGAUACAAUUGAAAAAAAAAAAAA